AUGGCUCUUUCAGCUUUGAAAUCUUUGGCUACAGGUAAGAAAGGCGCUCGAAAGCCCAUGACCAACUUAGAACUCAGGGGAGAGUUCGAGAAUAGUAUUCCUAUUAUUAGUGUUUUGAUGAAACGGGGCUUUUAUUCCUUCGAUAGCGAGUACUCUUAUGAACUCUUUAGAAGCAGGAAUGGCUUAGAAUACACAGCUUUAGAUGUUGAUGGCCGAGGGAUCCCAUCUCUGUACAUUACUGAUGAUGUCACUAGUCUUGGAAGUUGGAAGAGCGAUCUUCCUUCCUUUCUAACGUUUAAAUUCGUGGUUUUACCUGCUCACAAACCUGGGCCAAAUGUCGAUUGUCAGCUUGAAGUAGAAAGAAAUGGCCUGUGCCUUUACCGAAUUCCUUUCUAUGAGAUUUAUCGAGGUAUCGGGGAAAAUUACAUAUUUUCGUUCUCUGCUUUGCGAGACAGAUCAAAGAACUUUACCAUUAGCCAUCUCUCCAGUAAUAUCAGUAACGUGAAUGUUCGAUGGCGAGACUGCAAAUCAAUUACGGGAGAAUACGACGAUUAUAGCCUCCAAGUCACGAACAAAGUGCUUGGUGAACAUAAAGGUGGGCCUGGUGAAUCUGAAGUCCCGGUAAUCGCCUAUUAUUCCCGAGCUAAUCGAGACAGUCGUUAUCCAAAACUGUUCAAACAAGCUACUCUUUACGUGGGCAAUAAUACAAACGAAGCGGUGCUUCUCUUUACACCUCGAAACAUUGAACUUAUUACAUAUCAGGCAUUGCUCGUUCAUUAUCUGGAAUAUCAGGAAAGAGAGCGGAGGGUAGAUCGGUCUCAGACAAGGUGGUCUUCUUGGUUAUAA